AUGAAUACACCUACCAAAACAGACAUUCCAUUCAGCAGACCUCGAUCGGGUUCAUCAAGUAGUAGUAGCAGCAUCUCUCAAGACUAUGACUUUGCCAAACUUUCAUUCAGAGAUUCCUUCUCCUUAAAAUAUGGUCUGAGAGGAAUGGAAGGAGUAUUAGGAACUGGUCAAUUAAUGCCUUGCUCAACUGCAACCUUGGAACAAUUACCUGAACGAAUAUUCUUAAGCGGAAGCACAAGCCGAUUUUGUGUGCAAUCCAUGAGUUGUACCAGUUGGAUUACUCCUAAAGAAUUAUCAGACCAUGUCAAAGCAGACCAAGAAUCCAAACGACCAAAGCCAAUUGCAACAACACCAAAUGGUACUGGAAGUUCCGUCUCUGUGUUUUCUGACGCAGCUCAAUCAAACUCACCACGCUCUACAGUAUCUCUAUUUCCUUUCGAUCCAAAAGAAUUGAUUUCUAUUGAUUGUGGGUAUAAUGUGACGUUUUAUAUGACUAAAACUGGACUUUAUGCAACAGGAUCAAACAGCGUUGGAGAAUUAGGCGUUGGUCACUCCAAUGAAGUCAGAGAUCAUGUUGAACCUGUAGCACUUCCAAAACUUCCCCUUACACCAAGUUAUUAUAUUAAGAAAUUAGUGAGUGGAGAAGGACAUACUGUUGUUCUCAUGUCUACCGGUGAAAUUAUUGUUUGGGGUAAGAAUGGAGAUGGUCAAAUUGGAUGUGAGAAGAGUGUUGGUGAAGGUACUCCUCGAAUAAUCCCUUCAUCUGUAUUCGGUGGAGAGAAAAUUAAGCAAGUUGCUUGUGGAUACUAUCACACCUUAUGCUUAACAGAAAGUGGUAUUGUAUAUGCAUGUGGAAGAAAUGUUCAGAAUCAAAUAGGUUGCGUUCCAAAUCAUGUGAACGUAUCUAGUGGUUUCCGCCCAGUCACAGUCCUUAAAGAGGGAGGAUUGUGCAAUGAUGGUGGAAAAGGACUAAAGAUUGUAAAGAUUGUUGCUGGUUCUCACCAUUCUCUCUUCCUCACUGAGGACGGAAUUGUGUAUGCAGCUGGCGACAAUCAAUUCAAUGCUAUUGGAAAGAAGUACCCAGUCUUUGCUCCUCUCGAACCGUUCUACAGCAAUAACCAAGCCACAAGCAACGAUCUUUCAAGUGAAGUUAAAAAAUCCAUUCCUUAUCGAUAUGUCAAAAACGUUUGGUGUGGAAGCUUGUCAACAUUUAUUCAAACUAGAGAGGAUAAGGUAUUUGUGUGUGGAACUGCCAAUGAUAGAGCAUUAUUUUUAGAUGAACAGUUUGUGAAUGGAAAUUCUAAUUAUGUCACUGAUGGCUUUGUGCUCUGUGAUUUUCUCAGUGGAAAACAAAUUCGUGACAUUGUUGGAUUCUACUCAAUGAUUGCUGUCUCAGAGACACGAGACGUCUAUGUGUGUGGAAAUAACAGUUGCAAGCAAUUGACAGCUAAGGAUCAACCUGUGUAUAAUAUUCGACCUCAGCAUGAGCCAUUUAUUUCGGCCAAGCUGAAGCAAUACCCUCAUUUGGAUUAUUGCGUUUCUGCAGGUUUUAGAACAUGUAGCUUCUAUUUGUACUCUAAGGAGAAGAGAACGAGAAACCUAAAUGAAUUCUACUGCAAUUUGUAUCGAUCUGCCUUUUAUGAAGACGAAGAGUCAAACAACAGCUUCUCAGAUAUUUCCAUAGUUAUGAGAGACGACGAAGACAGUGACGAAGAUGUUAUCAUGUACGAUGUGUAA